CUGGGCGGGGCGGGGCGGGGCCGCACCUGGUGCGGGAGGGCGCGCGCAGUGCGGCGGCGGCCAUGGCGGGAGCGGCGCGGCGGGGCGGUCCCGGGACCUGGCCCCGGCUCCUGCUGCUGCUCCUCGGUGCGGCGGCCGCAUCCCUGGUGGGAGCCCAGGUCACCUCCGAGACCAAAGAAGUGCCUGAAAACAAGCCCGCCGACAUCCCCUGCUUGGCGUAUCGGUCCAACUGGAACAACCCCCGCAUCGAGUGGAAGUUCCAGAAGGGCUCCUCGCUGGUCCUCUUCUACUAUGGGGGACAGCUGACAGAGCCGUACAAGGACCGGGUCCAGUUCUCGCCCACCACCAUCCACUUCAGCACGGUGACGCGGCAGGACACGGGGAAGUACAUCUGCGAGGUGGUGGGGGACAGCAGCCAGAUCGCAAAGUCGGAGGUGACCCUCAUCGUCCAAGUGCCCCCCUCCAAGCCGGUGGCCCACGUCCCCACCUCGGCCACCAUCGGCAGCAGGGCCGUGCUGCGAUGCACCGAGACGGACGGCUCGCCGCCCCCCACCUUCCACUGGUACAAGGACAGCAUGCUGAUGCCCGCCGACCCCAAAACCAGCCUGACCUUCAGAAACUCCUCCUACACCCUGAACCCCACCACGGGGGAGCUGAUCUUUGAGCCCCUGACCGGCUUCGACACCGGCGACUACUACUGCGAGGCGACGAACAACGUGGGCCCCCCCCAGAAAUCGGACGUUAUGCGCAUGGAAGCCAGUGAAGUCAACGUGGGCGGCAUCGUGGCUGCGGUCGUGGUGCUGCUGAUGGUGCUGGCGCUCGUGGCCUUCGGCAUCUGGUUUGCCUACAGCCGGGGCUUCUUCAGCAGUGACGCCGCCAGCAAGAAGGUGAUUUACAGCCAGCCCUCGCACCGCAGCGACGGAGAGUUCAAGCAGACGUCCUCCUUCCUGGUGUGAAGCUCCUCCCGCGCCGCCAGCUCUUGUAAAUGUUUCUGAAUUACUGUAGCUACGCCGUGAUUUUUAACUAUUAUUUUUUUUUAAGUAUCACCCGCUGCCUUUGCGGUCACGUCAGAUGUUUCCUGCGGGGUGGGACUCCUGUCCCCGCCUUGUCCCCUCCCCAGCGGGACCUGGGGCCUGGCCGUGCUGCCCUUUGGGGACGUCACCGCGUCCUCGGAGGGGACGGGUCUGCAGUGGGGGCUGGUGUAACCCCACAUUCCCCCCCCCAGCAGUUUUUUGGGGGGUGGGAGUGCGUCUCCCCCAGUGCCAAUCUGAGCCCCCCACUGGUCCCAGUUGCCCCCCGUACUCGGGGAAGGGCUGGACUGAGCCCGUGUGUGACGGCUGCAGGUGGCCGCUGCUGGAAAUAAAGAAAUCUGUGUCCGUGUA